AUGCCUGGGUUUCAGGAGUUCAAGGAGUCUGUUCAGACAAAAGGCAACCCAACCCAACACCGUUUCGUCUCCGCCGCCUCCCGUUCGCCGGCGCGCGCCCUCCGUCGAGAAGACGAAAACCUGGCGCCGCGCGCGCUGUCUCCCGGCGACCUCCUCCGUCUCCUCCCAUCAUGCGGCACCCUCCGCUCCCUGCGCGCCCUCCACGCGCGCCUCCUCAACCACACCCAUGGCCUGCUCCUCGGCAGCCUCCGCGCGAGCACCAAGCUGCUCAGCUGCUACGCCGCGUUGGGCGACCUUGCCUCCGCGCGGAUGGUGUUCGACGGGACCCCCCACCCGGACGCGUACUCCUACGGGGUCAUGCUGCGGUGCUUCGUCGACGCGGGGCACCACGCGGACGCCGUCGCGCUGCACCAGGACAUGCGGCGGCGGCGCCCCUGCCCCGAGGCGCAGGGCGACUUCGUGCUGUCGCUCGCGCUCAAGGCCUGCGUCAGGUCCGCGGAGUACGGGUACGGCAGGAGGCUGCACUGCGACGCCAUCAAGGCCGGCGGCGCGGACGGCUUCGUGAUGAACAGCUUGAUUGACAUGUAUGUGAAAGCCGGGGACUUGGAGUGCGCCCACAAUGUGUUUGAGAGAAUUCCCGACCGGAAUGUGGUGUCCUGGACCUCGAUGCUAAGCGGGUGCGUCCAGAAUGGUUUUGCUGCAGAUGGACUGUUUCUGUUCAACGAGAUGAGGCGAGAAAGUGUGCAGCCGAGUGAGUACACGAUGGCUAGUGUUCUUGCUGCUUGCUCCGCACUCAAUAGUUUGCACCAAGGGAGGUGGAUCCAUGGGUCAGUGAUCAAACAUGACUUAAUUUGUAACUCUUUCAUCAGUGCAUCCUUGCUGGAUAUGUAUGUUAAGUGUGGGGAGGUAGAGGAUGCUCGGCGUGUGUUUGAUGAGCUUAGCUAUGUUGACAUUGUUCUUUGGACCACGAUGAUUGUGGGGUACACACAGAACGGGAACCCUCUUGAUGCAUUACAGCUGUUCCUUGACAAGAAGUUUGCAGGCAUUGUUCCUAAUUCAGUUACCGCCGCAACUGUUCUUUCAGCUUCUGCUCAGUUACGUGACCUGUCACUGGGAAGGUCGAUUCAUGGUAUAGUUGUUAAGUUUGGUGUGGCUGAUUAUGAUGCGGUGGUGAAUGCCUUAGUUGACAUGUAUGCAAAGUGUCAAGAAGUUUCAGAGGCCAACAGCAUAUUUGGAAGAAUUUUGAACAAGGAUGUUGUCGCAUGGAAUUCAAUGAUUGCAGGCUAUGCUGAGAAUAACAUGGGCAAUGAUGCUCUGAUGCUUUUUAAACAGAUGAGGCUGCAGGGCAUUUCACCUGAUGCAACCUCAGUGGUGAAUGCUCUGUCAGCUUCUGUUUGUCUGGGUCACCUACUUAUCGGUAAAUCAUUCCACAGUUAUGUUGUUAAACAUGCAUUUCUCUCCAAUGUUUAUGUCAACACUGCCCUACUGAACCUGUACAGCAAGUGUGCUGAUCUCCCAUCUGCUCGUAGUGUGUUCAAUGAGAUGAAUUACCGUAAUUCUGUGACUUGGUGUGCUUUGAUCGGGGGUUAUGGAAUGCAAGGCGAUUCUGCUGGUUCUAUUUAUCUUUUCAAUGAAAUGCUGAAAGACGGUGUGCACCCAAACGAUGUAGCAUUCACAAGCAUCCUAUCCACUUGCAGCCAUACUGGGAUGGUUACUGCAGGGAAAAAGUAUUUUGAUAGCAUGGCACAGCAUUUCAACAUCACACCAUCCAUGAAACAUUAUGCUUGUAUGGUCGAUGUGUUAGCCCGUGCAGGAAAUCUCGAGCAAGCAUUGGAAUUCAUAUAUAAGAUGCCAAUGCAAGCAGACAUUAGUGUUUGGGGAGCUUUUCUCCAUGGAUGCAGGCUCCAUUCAAGGUUACAGUAUGGAGAAGAAGCUAUCAAGAGCAUGAUGAUGCUUCAUCCUGAAAGACCAGAUUUAUAUGUGCUGAUAUCAAACUUGUAUACCUCAUAUGGGAUGUGGGAAAAAUCUCUAGCUAUCCGGAGAUGGAUGCAGGAAAAAGGACUAGUUAAGUUACCUGGGAGCAGCUCCAUAGGUCAUGAAAAUGGAUGAUUGAAAGAUGCCUUCAGAACUCAGUACAGGAAAUGCCAUCAUUAAAAGUGAAAGCAAUCAAUGAAGCAGAGUAUUAAGACAUUGAUCGGUGACACAAUUUCUGGAAAGUUUUUUCAACUUCCAGGGAUCAGAUGGCUCAUUUUUUUAGCAGUACUCUUGAGACGAUGCAUAUAACAGUUGAGGUAUGCUAAGACCUUCCAGUUGCCACAGCGUUGCAGUCUUUUUCACAAAUGUGUCUGAGCAUGUUUUUCAUUAAGAGAAAAAUAACAUUUCAGUCUUUGCUUGGAAAUAUUGUUUAUAUAUUGAAGGCCUGGUGAAUUAGACUCUGCUGAACUCUCUAUGUGGUGCUGGCCACGAUCACAAUUCACAAGGCCAAUGGCUGUACCAAGUUCUCACUACUUAGAAGUUUUUGAUGCUCUAUGUGCAAGGAGGCUGUGCACAUCUGAGCUCGCGAAGAACAUUUAUUGACCUAACAAAGGUCGCAAAAAUGUCCUGGUUAUAUAGUGUAUGGCUUCUAGGUUGUAGGCUUGUAGCAGCUAGGCACACUGUAAUUAGGUAGGAACACAUGAGCUACUCAUAUUGUUCAAUGUAAUUUUCUUGUCUGCUCGACAAAGUACUCAAAUGUUUCUUUUGUUCAUAUGGUAUCAGGAGAUUGUGCUUUCAUAUUGCUUUCA